UUGCCUGUUGUAAAAUUUUGAUAUUCCCAACUUGUAUUAAAAGGACAACCCUUCCUCUGGGCAGAAGACUCUCCAGUCUCCAGUCUUCUUCACAGGCAUUCAGAGGAAUCUGAGCUCAGCUCUAUCCGCAACCCAACCCAUUUCUCUCCUUCAAUCUCUCUACUAUACCCCCUUCACUCCUACCCCUCUCACUCUUGUCUUUAAGUACUAGUUUAAUACCACUGCUGCUGCAAAUGUCAUCAAAUUGUUUCAUGACAUGGGUCUCAAGCUAACAUAGCUGUGUUUCUUCUCCAAUCUCAUUCUGGGUUUGCUUUUUCUUGAAAGAUAAUCGAAAAGCUUGCGCAUGUAUAUCAUGGGAGAAAAUCAGGGAGUGUGGCCGCCGCCGCCGACCGGUUCGCCAAUGUAUGCGGCGGCGGCGGCUAAGGAUGACCACUGGACGCACUUUGACAAUUCAGUCAAUGCUGUCUCCUUUGGGUUUGUUGCCACCGCCAUUCUCGUCUCCAUGUUCCUUGUCAUGGCCAUUUUUGAGCGGCUCCUUAGACCCACCUCCCCGGCGUUGACCCCGUCCGGUGGCCGGAGUUUGGGUCAGGUUGAGUCCCAGAUGGGCUUCAAUCCCAAAGUCCUCCAUCCCACACCUAAAAUUUCAGCUAGCGCCCAGGAAUAUUCAGUCUUGAUGCCCGGGGAAGAAAUGCCGACUUUUAUUGCCCAUCCAGCUCCCGUGCCUUGUCCACCGGAGCGCAUUCCUUGGCCACCCCAUCAACAAUACUCUCCUUUAACCAAUAUCAUCCCGAAUCCCAGCUCAAGUACAUCACAUGUACGAUGAUCACAGACAAGUUCUAAGUAGCUCAAACAUCACGAUGAAGAUGAUUAUCAGGUCCUGUGUCAGCAGUUUGUGUGAGAUUCAGGUUCAGUAUAUGAUCAACCAUAAUCGAUCUAUCUGGAGAUUCCAUGCCUUACUUUUUUUCCAGCCUGAGCUCAUAAGCUCAUUGUACAUAACAGUUAGAAAGGAUUUCCCGGCUGUGUUAAUUGUUUCCAGUUUUUCCAGAAGCCUUUCAGGGUGGCUGUCCCUUGUUAAAUUGAAAGAGAAAUAUGAAAAGUAUGAAUUACUUUUGAAUUUGGGUAUUGCA